CACACGGGGCAUUACUGUUUAACAACAGCAGAGUAGACGUGUUCCUGGAAAAAGGAGAUCGAUCCAGGGAAAUGAGACAGAAAGUGGGCUGUACCGUGUUCUACGUAACAGACAGGGGAAGAUCUCCAGUUCAGUCCCAACAUUUCCUCACUUUACCCAAAGCCGAGCACAACAUCCCACCAGUGACUGCGCGGUGCCAGGACGCGCGCGCACACACACGCACACACACUCACUCACACACGCACACACUGUGAGUCUGCGAACUGCAUGUGCACGAGCUGCGGAUUUCCUCCAUAAUGUUAGGCGCAGUGAAAAUGGAAGGACACGAAACUCCAGACUGGAGCAGCUACUACAAUGAUGCACAAGAGGUCUAUUCUCCCAUGACGAACAGCAGCAUGAACGCUGGGCUGAGCUCCAUGAAUAACAUGAACAGUUACAUGGGCAUGUCCACCAGUGGGAAUAUGACUUCCAGUUGUUUCAACAUGUCCUACGCAAACCCAGCGCUGAGUGCGGGACUGAGCCCGGGCACCAUGGCUGGGAUGCCCCCGGGUGCCACCGGCGCCAUGAACGGGAUGAGCAGCGGCGUGGCAACCAUGGGCACCGCGCUCAGCCCGUCUAACCUGAAUGCCAUGACGGCUCAGCACAGCUCCAUGAACGCGCUGAACCCGUACUCCAGCAUGAGCCCCACCAUGAGCUCCAUGACAUACGCGCAGCCCAACCUGAACCGGGCCAGAGACAACAAGACUUUCAGGAGAAGUUACCCGCACGCCAAGCCGCCCUACUCCUACAUCUCCCUCAUCACAAUGGCCAUCCAGCAGGCUCCCAGCAAAAUGCUUACCUUAAGUGAGAUUUACCAGUGGAUAAUGGACCUGUUCCCCUACUACCGUCAGAACCAGCAGAGAUGGCAGAACUCCAUCAGGCACUCGUUGUCUUUCAACGACUGCUUCGUCAAAGUGUCCCGGUCGCCCGACAAGCCGGGAAAGGGCUCCUACUGGGCUCUGCACCCCGAUUCUGGGAAUAUGUUUGAGAAUGGCUGUUACCUGCGAAGACAGAAGCGCUUUAAAUGCGAAAAAAAGUUGACGGACGGAAAAAGGUCAGAUGGAAAGCGAGAGCAGUCGAGCGGCUCGGGCUCGCCGGCCAGCGACAGCACCAGCAGCAAACCUGGCCACAUGGACUCGAGCUCCAUAACCUCCUCGAACCAAUCGUCCAGUCCUCCCAGUUUGGACCACAGGAGCUCUAGCACCUCCGGCUCUGAACUGAAGAGCACCGGCCCACAGGUGCACCCCGUGUCCACAUCCCUGUCCUCGCUGCACUCAAUGGCCCACGAACCCCAGCUGCACCUCAAAGGAGACCCCCAUUACUCCUUCAAUCACCCGUUUUCCAUCAAUAAUUUAAUGUCCUCUUCAGAGCAACAGCAUAAACUGGAAUUGAAAGCGUACGAACAAGCGUUGCAAUAUUCCUCCUAUGGCUCAGGCAUGUCUUCCAGUUUGCCCAUGGCCGGGAGAGCCAGCAUGGACCCUUCGGCUUUAGAGGCCUCUUACUACCAAGGUGUGUAUUCCAGGCCUGUUCUUAAUACAUCUUAGUCAGUUGGCGACGAGGGGG